AUGGGAAGUGGUCUCUCCUCCCUCUUCCCCUGUCUCAAGCCGGCAGCCGCCAACCACCGGAGCCACCACGACCACCAGCCGGACCUGAUCUUCACCGCCGACCAGCCCUUGGACGAAACCCUAGGCCACUCCUUCUGCUACGUCCGAUCUUCCAACCGUUUCCUCUCUCCGACCCCUUCCGAUCGCUUCGUCUCUCCUUCCAGCUCCCUGCGAUUCUCCCCGAGCCGAGCCGGACCCGAAUCAGCCGCUCCCUCCGCCGCAGCAGCAGGCGGCGGCAGCGGCGGGGCGACCGCGUUCAGGACCAUUUCUGGUGCUUCAGUCAGCGCCAACACUUCCACUCCCAGGACAGUGGUCCAGCUCGACGGAAUCUACGACGACGACGCUGACGGCGGCGGUGGAGUCAAGAACAGCAUCAGCAACAGCUCCAGCGGAGUCUUUAGCGCCAAUGGCUUCGAGAGCACAGCGUCCUUUGCCGCUGUUCCGCUGCAGCCCGUGCCACGUGGCGGGGAAGGGUUCUUCCAGUCCGGUCCGAUCGAGCGGGGCGCAUUGUCCGGGCCGCUUGACGCUAACUCCGGCGGUGGAGAGAGCGCCGGCGGGGUGCACUUCUCGGCCCCUCUUGGCGGGAUGUAUGUCAAGAAGAGGAGGCGGAGGGGCAUUCCAAGGCUGAAGAAGGCAAUUUAUCGCAACCUAUCGGAGAAGAAGUUGCCGUGGGUGGUUCCCGUGCUGAAUUUCGUGAACCGGAGAGAGAAUUCUGCCGGUGGAGAAGAGCGAGAUGGCAAGUACGAGAACAGUGUACAGUGGGCUCUAGGGAAGGCCGGAGAAGACCGAGUGCAUGUAGUUGUAUCGGAGGAGCAAGGAUGGUUGUUUGUUGGGAUAUACGAUGGGUUUAACGGCCCUGAUGCUCCUGAAUUCUUGAUGGGGAAUCUUUACCGAGCUGUGUAUCACGAGCUGCAAGGAUUGUUUUGGGAUGUUGAGGAGUCCGGAGAUGCUGUGGUGGCUGCUGCUACUCCUGCAGAAUCUGGAAUUCCAGAGCAGAAUGAAACGAACCAAUCGACGGAGGAGACUGGUAAGGAUGGUGGUGUGGGUGUAAAUGGUAGUUGUGAAUCUAGUUUAGUAUCUCAUGGUCAAGAUAAUGUUGUUGCUAGGGCUAAUUGUAAUGAUCUAGAUUGUGAAACUGGAUCAAGCAAUGCAGCUCAAGCUAACUCAUCAACUGAAAUAUGUGUUGUAAAAGAGAGUGAUGGUAUGAAUGGUGGAAUCGAACAUUCAUCAGUGCAUCACCAAGAUAGAGUAAAAAGGGUUACAUUUCAAUCAGACGGCACGGAGAUUCCUUAUAGGAGAAAGCUGUGGGAGUUUCUUGCCAAUGAGGAUUUGGAGGAUGGCCUUGAUCUUUCCGGAUCAGAAAGAUUUGCCUUCUCUGUUGAUGAUGCUAUCAGUGUUGGCAAUGCUGGGUCAGCAGCGAGCAACAGGUGGCUACUACUGUCGAAAUUGAAACAAGGGCUGUCAAAGCACAGAGAAAGAAAGUUGUUUCCUUGGAAAUUCGGGUUGGCGGGCAAGGAAGAGAAAGUAGAAGUGGAGAUAGCUAGAGUGGAGGAUCGGGUUUUGAAGAAAAUGCGGAAAGAAGGGCCAGUGGACCAUGACUUAGUUUUGAGGGCAUUGUCUCGGGCUUUAGACGUGACAGAGCUUGCAUACUUGGAUAUGACUGAUAAGGUGCUAGGUACAAAUCCAGAGUUGGCAUUGAUGGGAUCAUGUUUAUUGGUGGUUCUGAUGAGGGACGAGGAUGUAUAUGUAAUGAAUGUUGGUGAUAGUAGGGCAAUUGUGGCACAGUAUGAGCCUCAAGAGGUUGUUUCAAAUGCGGGUGAUAAUGGGUCGACCACCGAAGGGAUAGUUGAUGGUCCUGCUCAGGCAAUGUGCUUGACUGCAUUGCAGCUGUCCACAGACCACAGCACGAGUAUUGAAGAAGAAGUUCAAAGGAUCAAGAAUGAACAUCCAGAUGACAGCCAAUGCAUUGUCAAUGAUAGAGUGAAAGGUCGUCUUAAGGUUACCAGAGCAUUUGGAGCUGGAUUCCUGAAACAGCCAAAGCUGAAUGCUCCAUUGUUGGAAAUGUUUCGGAAUGAGUAUAUAGGCACUGCACCUUAUAUAUCCUGCAUCCCUUCUCUUCGUCACCAUCAUCUCUGUCCAAGAGACCAGUUCUUGGUUCUAUCAUCAGAUGGCCUAUAUCAGUAUCUCACAAAUCAGGAAGUGGUUUCUAUUGUUGAAAAUUUCAUGGAGAAGUUUCCAGAGGGAGAUCCUGCACAGAGUUUGAUAGAGGAACUUCUUUCCCGUGCAGCCAAGAAAGCGGGGAUGGAUUUUCACGAGCUACUGGACAUCCCACAAGGAGAUCGACGGAAAUACCAUGACGACGUUACAGUCAUGGUGGUAUCCCUCGAAGGACGAAUCUGGAAAUCAUCGGGAAAGUACCUUUAA